AUGUAUGAUCCACAACUAUUGGUUGCCCAAGCUGACAAGAAAGCUACUCCUCUAACUGGUUUCAGCAGAUUCUUUGCUACCGACAGCAACUAUCGAUAUGAAGAAGCUGCUGAUCUAUAUAUCCAGGCUGCUAAUCUCUACAGAUUGCAAAAACAAGGAAUAAUGGCUGGAAGAACUUUUGAAAAGGCUUCCAGUUGUCAGUUCCAAGCUGACAGCAAUGAUGAGGCUGCAAAUACUUUAAUAGAAGCCUUUAAAAGCUAUAGAAAGGACUCUCCCUCCGAUUCUGCAAGAGUUCUUAAUCAAGCAAUAACAAUUUUCAUUCAAAAGGGUCAGUUUAGAAGAGCUGCUAAUUUCAAAAUGGAUUUGGCAUCUAUUUAUGAAACUGAUUUAUCUGACACUAAAAUUUUUGAUGCCAUAAAAGCCUAUCAAGAAGCCGGCGAUUGGUAUUCCAAUGAUCAAGCUGAAGCAUUAUCUAAUAAAGCCUAUAUCAAAGCUGCUGAUUUGAAUGCUGUAAUGGAAAACUACCUUGAGGCUGCAAGUCUAUAUGAAUCUGUUGCUAAAAAAUCUCUCAAUAACAAUCUCUCCAAAUGGAGUUUAAAAGACUAUUUUUUCAAAGCUGUACUCUGCUAUAUGGCUUCAAAUGAUAUUGUCGCUACUGAAAAAGCAUUGAAUGCCUUUGCAAACUGGGAUUCCAAUUUCCAAACUACUAGAGAGUUUCAAUUGUUAAAUGAUAUAAUAAUUUCAAUUAAAGAAAACGAUCAACAAUUAUUCACCGAUAAACUUUAUGAAUAUGAUCAAUUUAGUAAAUUAGAUAAAUGGAAAACAUCUAUCUUUUUAAAAAUAAAAACCCUGAUUUCAGAAGCUGAUGAUGACAUUUUAUAA